CGCCUACUAAACACACAGAAACAUAACAUGUUGGCACAGGGAUCGUAUUUUAAGUGUUGGCGGCUACAAAAACAACAGUGACGAAUGUUUUUGUGUAGCUCCAUGUGGUGUUUUUGUGCUGCUUUUGAGCGUUACGGCAACAACGGCAAUUCAUAUAUAUCGUAAGGCGGGAUAACGCUAGCUCUCAGUUAACUUGCUAACAAAGCUAAGCUUAACAGGUUAGCUAACAUGCUAAUGUGUAGUUCAACAUGGAGUGAGUUUUGACUUUGCAUCCAGCUGAUAACAAAAGACUUCUGCCGAAAACACGUUUAUUUGAAAAAUGGAUCAAACUAAAAAAGCGACUGAAGAAGCUGUGUGGACCAAGGAAGACCUCCAGAAGCUUCUGGCUGCAAUCAAAAGCAACAUCCCAGCACAGGACAGGAUGACUGUAUACACCAAAGUACUACAGACUUUAAACUGGAGUGAGGUGGCUUUCCCCCCUUUCUCUCCUGAAGACUGCAAAGAGAAGUGGAGACAGAUUCUUCAGAGGAUGCGUAAGGUUCGGAGCCUCACAGAACUCGUUGUUGAAGCUGAAGAUUUAAUUUCCUCUCCUGUCUCUGAGAUUAAGACCCAUCUGGAUCGCCCGAAAAAACCCAUCCGACCACAUAUCAACUUUUAUGAGGAGAACCGUGCUGAGUUUCUUGAGAAGCACCCAGACCUUGGCCGCCGAAGUCUGUUCGAGCUCCUAACGAAGAAGUACAGGGAGCUCCCAGAUGAAGAGAAGGCACCGUAUGUGGAGAAACACAAGCUUGCAAUGGACAAAUACAAAAAGAAGAUGCUGGAGUUCAGCAAACAAUACAAACUGCGAUCCAAGGGAGAGGGGCAUUCUGCAAACGCUCAAUCACAUGUUGAAAGGCAAGAUGGAGAUGAAGAUGAAGCUGCAAACAAACUGCCUCCCAGGCCUCCUUACAAUGGCUAUAUUCUGUUCUGCAAAGAGCAAGGUACAUCCAUGCCAUAUUCCACAACAACUACCAUCGUGCGUGUGUGGGCCCAACGUUGGUGGGAUUUGACUGAGGAACAGAGGAAAGAGUACAACUCACGCUGCAAAAUGCUGCAGAAUCAGUACUCAAUCAAGCUGAAUUCUCUAAGGGUCAGAAAAAAGCAUCCAACAUAUCUUCCUGGCGAACCCAAGAGACCACCUCGAUCUGCUACUUCACUUUUCUGCAAAACUCAGAUGGAACUUCUGAAGAAUAAAAUCCAAGACCGGAGGGAGCGCUUCGCAAAGAGUAACAAAUUGUGGCACAACCUCUCCCUUCAGGAGAAGGAACGCUACAGAAAGAAAGCACUAGAAAGCAAGAUAAAAUAUGCGAUCGAGCUGAAUAAAUGGUUUACGACGUUGCCAAUAGCAGAGCAGAUCACUUACCGGAAUACCAAGCCCAGUAAACAACAAUACCUCUUUGUCACCCAAAUGGAAAUUAAUCAGUUAGGCAGAGAAGAAGCCUGUGAUGCUGUGUACAGACCAUCAGAUUCAGAAGAUGAAGACAUAGAGGACAGCAGCAGCAGUGAUGAAGAGGAAAUGGAUUUUAACACUUCUGAGGUCGAGGAAGAAGACGAUGACGAUGUCGUCAUGUUUGAGGUGUAUUAGAUUGUGACGCGAGAAGAACAACAGAUCGCCACAUUGAGUUCAGAGCUGGAUUGUUCGACAGAUGGCCUGCACACUGGAUCACAUUUGAAACGAUGGACGAUGUUUUGCUCUCAGAUUGACUAAUUUUAUACUCCGUGUUCUCAAAGUUAUGUCUUUACCACCUGUUUUUUUUAUUUAAUUUUUAUUAUUUUGUGGAAAAACAAAAAAAUAGACUUUGUCAAGUAUUGUUUUUUCACUGGUAUAAACCCUUGCACAUGUUGUUUGUAAAUACCAGAGAGAAGAAAUGGUUCCAAUAAACAUGAUUCAUCUGGA